AUGAAGCAUGUUCGGACAUUUACAUCGUCCAAGUUUAUUUUUGGUACAAAAGAUAAAAAACCCAAACUGGACGUAUUGGCCAUUGCUGUUCAACGAAAACUGUCGCUGAUGGUAACGGGACAUGCUGAUUUUCUGGCUCGGUUGUGGGAUACAUUGACUGGGAAGCUGAUACACAUUCUUCAAGGCCAUAAAGGUGCUGUCACUGGUGUUGUGUUUGGUGCCGAUGGUAAUGAAGUGAUCACUGGAAGUCAAGAUAAAACUGCUCGUAUAUGGGAUGUAAAAAGUGGUGAACAGCUG